CAGAACCAUGCUCCCAUACAUCAUGGCAUCCACUACCGGCAUUUCUCCCAGCUUCCCGUCCUCUCUGUCUGCCCACCACUAUGGUCUCUGGCACGGCCGCCAAGACGCACCUGAAUAGUAGAAGAGAAUCCGCGGCCCCGUCGACCACAGAGACGCUCUCCGCUCCGACAACACCAGUAGUCGGCUCGAAGGAGAAGGAUGCCUCAAAUCACACCGCUGCGGAUGAGGAGUGGAAGGACUUUGGGUUCCUGCCAAUACCAAUACGCGUACGCUAUGACCCUGAAAGCCCAGCACAUUUCGGGCUGUUGAUGAAUGUAAUAUUUGGGAUUGCGAGCACGUUCAUCGUCAGCAAUCUAUAUUACUGCCAACCUCUUCUCAUCCAAUUCUCAAUAUCGUUCGGAGUAACAUAUUCUGAAGUAGCAAACAUACCCACGCUAGUACAAGCCGGAUACGCUAUCGGUCUACUAUUCAUCACCCCUCUUGGGGACCUCGUCAGGAGAAGACCGCUGAUUAUGAUCCUCACAUUCAUCACUGCGAGUCUCCCGAUUGGUCUCGCAAUCACGAAGAGCCUUGUCGCCUUCGAGAUUCUCUCAUUUUUCGUCGGCGUGUGCUCCGUUGUCCCGCAAAUCCUCAUGCCACUCGCGGCCGACCUAGCUCCGCCAGAACGCCGCGCCUCCGCACUUUCAAUCGUCCUCUCAGGUCUCCUCCUAGGUGUUCUGGUUGCGCGAGUGCUCGCGGGCGUCGUCGCGCAAUUUGUCACCUGGCGCGUCGUUUACUAUAUCGCGAUCGGCGUGCAGUACGGCAUUCUACUGGUGCUGUACUGGAUGCUGCCCGACUACCCCGCAAAGAACAAGGGAGCGACCUACUUCGGGAUCUUGUACAGCAUGGCGAAGUUCGCGGUCACCGAACCGCUGCUCGUGCAGGCCAUACUGAUCAGCAUCCCGUCGAGCGCGACCUUCACGAACUGGUGGGUUACCCUCACCUUCCUCCUCGGCGGUCCCCCGUACAACUACUCGACGGUGGUGAUUGGCCUCUUCGGCGUAGUAGGCAUCGUCGGUGUCGCGAUGGCGCCCCUCAUCGGGCGCACGAUCGACGGGCUCGUUCCCUGGUCUGCGACGCUCUUCGCGAUGAUCAUGCUCCUCAUCACAUUCUCGAUCCAGACGGCCGCGGUCGGCCUGAACGUCGCCGUCGUCGUGAUCGUGUGCAUCGGGCUUGACGUCUUCCGGCAGACGCAGCAGGUGUCGCUCACGACCGCCGUGCUGGGCCUCGACGCGUCCGCGCGCUCGCGGCUCAACGCCGUCCUCAUCCUCUCGCUGUUCAUCGGGCAAGUGAUGGGCACGGCCGUCGGCUCGAAGGUGUUCACGGAGCACGGGUGGCGCCCCGACGCGUCGCUCAACCUCGCCUGGACGGGCUUCACGUUCUUCAUCCUCUUCCUCCGCGGGCCGCACUGCCCGCGCUAUACGUGGUUCGGCUGGCAGGGCGGCUUCGAGCUCCGCAAGAGCCAUCCGGUCCCUGAGGUAGAGGUGUAG